UUCCGACGGACUAAUUUCUCUCUCUCUCUCUCUCUCUCCUUUUCGCUGUUCCAAUGGCAGCUAAGACCGGCACCCGUACCAGCAUUCGGAUCGUGGUUGCUGGCGAUCGAGGCACCGGAAAAUCCAGCUUGAUUGCUGCUGCCGCCUCCGAAUCAUUCCCUGACAACGUUCCUUCCGUUCUUCCUCCUACUCAUCUUCCUGCCGAUUUCUACCCCGACGGCGUCCCGCUCACUAUUAUAGACUCCUCUUCCAGCAUGGAUAACAAAUUUAAGCUCUACGAAGAAUUGAAGCGUGCGGAUGCAGUGUUAUUGACGUAUGCAUGUGAUCAACCAAUGACACUUACUCGUUUGACCACAUACUGGCUCAAUGAGUUGCAUCAGUUGGGCGUCAAGGCACCGGUUAUUCUGGUUGGUUGCAAGCUAGAUUUGCGAGACGAACACCGGCCAACGAGCAUGGAGGAUAUCGUGGCACCAAUUAUGAAACAGUUUAGGGAGAUUGAAACUUGCAUAGAAUGCUCUGCAGCUACGUUACUUCAGGUGCCGGAAGUAUUUUACUAUGCUCAAAGGGCAGUGCUUCAUCCAACAGCACCAUUAUUUGAUUUAGAAAGGCAAAGUUUGAAACCCCGAUGCAAAAAUGCUUUGAGAAGGAUAUUUACUCUUUGUGAUCGUGACAUGGAUGGUGCCCUUAGUGAUGAAGAGCUGAAUGAAUUUCAGGUCAAGUGCUUCAAUGCUCCACUGCAGCCUAAUGAAAUAGUGGGCGUUAAAAGAGUUGUGCAAGAGAACUUAUCAAUUGGAGUCAAUGAUCAUGGUCUUACCCUACCUGGGUUCCUAUUCCUUCAUGCUCUAUUCAUAGAAAAGGGCCGCCUUGAGACUACUUGGGCAGUGUUAAGGAAAUUCGGCUAUGAUGAUGAUUUAAAUUUGAGUGGAGAUUAUCUUCCAGUUCCAUCUAAGCAAGCUUCUGAUCAGAGCAUGGAGCUGUCAAAUGAAGCUUUGGAUUUCUUGCGUGGCGUAUUCCAAUUGCUCGACACAGAUAAUGACGGAGCCCUGCGUUCAAUAGAGCUCGAGGAACUAUUCAGUACUGCUCCAGAAUGUCCUUGGGAUGAGCCUCCUUACAAGGAUUCUGCAGAGAAAACUACUCCUGGAAAUUUAACUCUCAGUGGGUUUCUAUCUCAGUGGGCGUUGAUGACGAUAUUGGAUCCUCCAAGUAGUUUGGCUAAUUUAAUAUACAUUGGAUAUGGUGGUGAUCCAGCUAAAGCACUCCGUGUUACAAGGAGAAGAUUGGCUGAUCGAAAAAAACAAAAAACAGAAAGAAAUGUGUUCCAAUGCUUUGUUUUUGGUCCUAAAAAGGCUGGAAAAUCUGCUCUUUUAAACACCCUAAUUCGAAGGCCUUUUUCAAAAAAUUAUAGCUCAACAACUGAAGAUAGUUACGCUAUGAAUAUGCUUGAAAGUGUUCAGGGAGGUCAGAAGACACUUAUAUUGAGAGAGAUACCUGAAGAUGGUGUCCAAAAAUUUCUUUCGAAUGAAGAGUGUUUGGCCGGAUGUGAUGUUGCUGUCUUUGUCUAUGACAGUUCAGAUGAAGAUUCAUGGAAUAGAUCUAGAGAAUUACUUGUGGAGAUUGCGAGGAAGGGGGAAGUAAGCGGUUUCGGAGUUCCUUGUAUUGUUAUUGCUGCCAAGGAUGAUCUUGAUCCAACUCCACUUGCUGUACAAGAUUCAGUGAGGGUUUGUCAGGGAUUGGGAAUCGAAUCUCCUAUACCUGUGAGCUCAAAAUCAGGCGACUCCAACAAUGUAUUCAAUAAGAUUCUGAGUGCAGCAGAACACCCUCAUGCAUGCAUUCCAGAAACCGAGCGAGGGAGGAACCGAAAACGGUACCACAAACUGUUUAACCGCUCUCUGAUAUUCGUCUCAGUUGGAGCUGCUGCGGGCGUUGUCGGGCUAGCAGCAUUCCGUGCAUACGCUGCCAGGAAAAACACCUCAAAUUAGCUGCAAGAAAUCAACUUAUGUGGUUGCUGUUAAGUACUGCAAUAACAUGGUCAAUUUUUUUAGUUCCACUUCUUUGUCUAAUUGAUGCUCUGAUGUAAUGUAGAAGAAUCUUUGAUUAUUUAUAGAUGAUAGAAUAUUUUGUUGUUUCUUUCAAGUUCCAAGCGUGGAAGUAUCUCGACAUCCUAUUCUUCCAUCUCUUGUUAUUUGUUUCAAAUUCUUUGUCUAACUUAAAUUUCUGAACCAGAAGGAAUUCAAAGAGGACUUGGGGCUGGCUGGUCCUGUAUGUGGAAGGAGUUUGUUGAGGCUUCCAGCUUUCCAAGUAA